AUGGGGAGGUCUGGCAGAGCUGGAAAAAAAACCGUUAGCUUGGCUUGUACUGUUUGUAGGACACGAAAAUUGAAAUGUGAUGGGAACAAGCCAUGUGAAAGGUGCAUAAAGCUAGAUACACCCAAGCAAUGUAUCUAUAAUGUUGAUAAAAGGAAGGACAAAAGAACGAUUCAAAACGGCUCUAGGGGGUUUUUGUUCAAGAAUCGAACUAUCAAUAAUGAUUCUGGUAAAAAUGAAAAAUGUAGUGAGGACCUUCUCCACCAUCUAAAUAAGGUAAAAACGCCAGAAUUGGACUUAUAUGUCAAUAUACCAAAAUUUGGUGCAAACGACGCCUUGACUGUUAAUGAUGAAUGGAAUAAUUCUCCCUCAAUGGAUUUUGACUUCAAUGAUUUCAAUACUGAGGGGACAGACCUCGAUGACUUUUUGAAUUUAUUGGGGGAUAAUUCCCAUUCAAUAAGACAAAAAGAUCUCCUCUACUCACCAGGUGGCACAUGCCCCAAUGGAGUAGCUGAAACAACUGAGAGCGAAGAAUACGCCCCCCAAAGGUCCCGGCUGAUCGACGUCUUGUUCGAAGAUGAAUCUCAUGUUGUACCAGGAAUAUCGAAAUGGCAUCUUCUUGACUUGGAACUUCGAUACGGAAAUUUGGAAUCUAUAGAAGGAAAUAGUGAUGAAAAGUUUUUACUUUCAACCGCAUUGUUCCUCGGAUCGUUAACUAUACGAAAGAGGGAGUUAUUAAAUCAUUCAACCUUAGAAAAUUAUCCUACUGUACUGGAGAAUGGCAUAUCAAAACUAAGCGCGGAUGCCUUUAAGUACUAUAAUAUUGCGAAAGCCCUCAUUCCAGACCUGCUCUCUCGUCCUACAGUUGACGGUUUUUGCGGUCUCGUUUUGAUGGCCAACUUUAUGACAAUGAUGACAUCUUUGGAGGGCCAAUUAUACUUGAGCAUAAAUGCUUUGCAGCUUGCUGUUGCUUUGAAUCUGAACGAUAGCGACAACUGUAAAAAAUUGAUUGAGGCAAAUGGCGACGGAAUUGGGUUAAUCCUAUUAUUUUGGAACGUUUGGUGUUCUUCUUGCAUGUUGACAACACUCCAUGGGAGAAAUCCCUUUCUUCCCUUAGAAGAUAUCACAACACCUUUACCCUUUGAAAUAUACUCCGGCAGUAAAAAGAAUGAACUGUCGAUAAAUUUUAUGCAAGUAAGAAUCCAGAUAGCUGCACUACAAGGAAAAAUUCUUCAGGAAGUAUAUACAUCUAAUACCGUUAACAAGCUUCAGUUCAUAAAUUUAGAGAAAGAGCUUGAGAAAGUUUCAAUUCAAGUUACUAGGUUGAAGGGUUCUCCGAUAUUUGAAGAACGUCUUUUUUGCAGGAGUAGAGUUCUAAUGUUAGAGCUUUCUUGUUUAAGAGCCCAGGCUUCUCUUUUAUUAUAUCGUCCAUAUCUGAUCAAUCAAACAUCCUUACAAGCGGUAACUGUGGCAAAAUCAAUAAUUCACGAAAUAUGGAGUCAUUACACGAAGCAGUUCCCUAGUAACAAGAAGGAAAGACUAGAACAUUUGGAUUGGAAUUUCUGUUUGCCGUUAAGGACUGCCUCGCUAACUUUAUGCGUUUCGUGUAUCAUACUCUUGAGAUAUAAGCAAGCCGCGAAGUUCUUAAAAGAUGAUGAAAUUUUUGAAUGUGUUUUAGCAAUGGAGAUAUUGCAAGAUUUAGUUCAGGUACUUCCAAUUGAACAAAAGCUAAUUAACUUAGUUAAAACUCCCAACAGCCCAGUAUGGUCGAGAGCUGAUGGCUUCGUCCAAUUUUGGGGAUGCAUGCUUGAUCAAAAAUCAUCCUAG